AUGAAGAAUGAACGUGCAUAUUUAGUCCACGUUAUUGUUCAUCACCUGAGGUGGAGAGGUUUCUUAAUCCUCCCCCGUCUACACAAACCCAAACCCCACCAUAUUCCCCCCCAACACAAACCCAAGGAAACCAGGAAAACCAUGAGCCCCCAGUCCACCCCCUUUGAAGAAGGCGCCUUCCUCCCAGGCGGCCACAACACCGACCCUCCCCUCCCCCCAAAUGACCCAACAAUCGGGACAAAACUAAACCACUCGAUGCUCCGCAUCCGAGACCCGCAACGCUCCCUCCACUUCUACAUCACCCUCAUGGGCAUGCGCACCGUCUUCACCAUGAACACCGGCCCCUUCACAAUGUACUACCUCGGUUUCCCGUCCAGCGCGGAAGACCGCGCCGACCUGUCCGCGUGGGCGGCUAAGGUUUCCGACCCGGCCAACCUCACCCAGACGCUGGGGCUGCUGGAGCUGUUCCAUAUCCAUGGGACGGAGAAGCCCGUGGACGAGGGCGGUGUGGAGAUGGCCAACGGGAACGCGCCCCCCAAUCUGGGGUUCGGGCAUCUGGGGUUCACGGUUCCGGAUGUCGGGGCUACUGUCGAGAGGUUGAGGGCGGAGGGCGUCAAGGUUGUUAAGGAGUUGGGGGUUACCACUAGGGAGAGUAUUCCGUUGAGUGAAUGGGAGGAAAAGAGGGGUGUUGGGGUUGGGGAGAUCCAUCCGAAUUAUAAGGUGUUUUUUGAUCAGAUUGCUUAUGUGGCUGAUCCGGUGAGUUUCUUUUUCUUUUUCUUUUGGUUUCGGAUUGUGGUGAUAGAGGCUGACUGGGUGUUUAGGAUGGGUAUAUUAUUGAAAUUCUUCCGCAGAAUUGGCAGUGAGAAUGUGCGUGGGGGAGUGUUGAUGCUUGAUACUGCUGUUGAUGAAUAA